CUUAGUUCCUGCGCCCGCACAACCCGAUUUCCGAGAGAGCCUCACUCGCAACGGUGUACGGAGUACUGAGUUCAGGAUUCGACGGCCUGUCAGUGGCUACCUUGCCCUCUUACCAGUGAAUCCUAUGCGCCUAGAUACGCUCGCAUAUACUAUUACGCACACUACGCACCCGAAGCCGACCAUGUCAUUGGAUACCUCGAUCCCGGGUACGGGAGUCUUCUCGGUGGUACCCGCACCCAAGAAACCCAAGCGGACUAGGGCGAGCGCAUCAAAGGUCAGGACCGGAUGUCUAACAUGGUUUGUGACAACACUGAUGCCACUGUAGUUUAUUAAAGACUGGUUCAACUGACGCCACCUACCCCAUUGACAGCAAGUAAGGCUUCUCCGCCUCUCCCUACAACUACCGACUGUGCUGCUUCAUCCUCCACGUAGACAACUCUGGUAUUCCAGCAGCUAACAAAGAUUCCGUUCUCAGAGCCCGACAUGUAAAGUGCGAUGAAGCGAAGCCGUUCUGUAAGCGGUGUAGCAAGGACAAACACAAGUGCGAUGGGUACCCGACCUCGCUCCCAAGCAAACGGCCGAGUCCGGCAUCAUCAUGCUCGACCCGCUCGAUUCCACCAUCUCGGCGGCGACCUGUCAACUCAGUAAUGCAGCUAUCGCCUCCUGUAGAUUGGGACGUCUCCGGUACAACCCUCGAGAGGUUGAUGUUCCACCACGUCAACCGAUGUACUGUCCCGGAUUUCGGAACCGCCACACCUCUCGCCAAGCUAUGGAGCAACUACAUCCUGCCACUGGGCUACUACUCAGACUCGGUAAAGCACGCCAUCAUUGCACUCGGGGUAGCUCACAGGGGAUUUCUCGAGAACCCAUACUUUGACGAACAACCUUCCGAAUCCGCCUUAGCGUUCAACGAUCUAGCCGUGAGGCACUACCGAAAGGCCGUCUCAGAGACGAUACAGAUCAUGGCCGAUCCGUCACCCGUCAACAUUCGAAUCACGCUCAUCUGCUGCCUAGUAUUCGUUUGUUACGAGAUUGUUCGAGGUCAAUACGACAAGGCUAUCCAGCACUUGAGGGCUGGGUCUAAAGUCCUCGAGUCACUCCACCAAGCAGCCGUACUUAAUCAGCGCGACCCCUUGUCCCUAUCGGCCUAUGACAGACAGCUGGCAGACACGGUCAAGAAACAUUUUGACCAGUUGUGCGACAUCACAACCAUGUUCACAUGCGUCGGCAUGGACACCUCCAUGCUCAUUGAAGACGAGGUCGUCCCCGAUCUAUCUUACUUCACACAGCCAGAACCCGAAGACGAGCGCAACACACCGUUCGAAAACGUAUCCGAAGCCCGGCAUCGUCUGCAUUUUGUCGAGUUGACGUUCUCAGACGCCUUUGAAGACAGCUGGUUUUGCGAAUCCGAUAAUUGCUGGCACUCAGGCCCCUCGGCCUGCAAUACGCCGGAGCCUCCGCAAGAAGUACAGGACCAACAAAAGGCAGCGUGGGAGGAGGCAACAAGGCUUUUCGACAUUUGGUGUUCCCGGUUCGAUUUGUUGCAAGAGAACCUGCCGGAUGUACUGGAUCCGGCUGACCUGGACGAGCUUAAAGCCCUUCGCUUCUCUCGUAAAAGCUGGGAGAUUUUCAAUGCCCAAGAAGGGCCGUGUGCCAUGAAGAAUGGCAACAUGGCUGAACUGCAUGGGCUCGUUGAUAUGGCCGAGGAGGUCGUGGCCAGCAGGGAAGGACUUUCCAGGCCGAUGUUUGCUCUCGCGGCAGACAUUGUUCCCUCGCUCGCAUACAUCUGCGCCUUUUGCGACAAUGUUGACCUGGAACGGAGGAUCGUCGAUGUUCUCCGUGGCAUGAAGCGGAGAGAGGGAAUGUGGGACAGCCGGGAAUUGGCGAAUCUGUAUGAUCUCGUCAUCCAGGCCAAGACUGGCAACCAGUGGAAGGACGAAUACAACUGGGAGACACUACCCAGUCUUGCGAGAAUGAUGGCAAAUAUGUCUUUGUCGGGUUCGGGGGAUCGAGCAGGACCGCCGAGCCCUUUGACUUUGCUUUGAGAUUACGGCAUUGACGGAAGCGUGGAGUUUUGGGUUGAUGUAAGGAAAGGAGUUUUGAUUCGUGCAAGAUGAAAACUUUCACUUCAUGAUUGCAGUCAGUGGGGAUGGAUGACUCGAUGUGGUCGUUGACUCUGUGGUCCGACAGCACUGGUUGGGUGCGUUCAAUAAAAACAGCGUUUCUAAGAAAUUGGGUAAAGUCGUAAAGGUCAAGCUCUAGAGUCUAAAGGAGGAUCGUACCUGGUACCGUGUACGAAAGAAAUAGAACACUAAA